AUGGCAACUUUCACAAUCAAAACCGCAACAAACGUGUUUCAUAGACACCACAACAACCUCACAUUCUUCUCCAAUAACGCCAAUUCCAAGAGAAAUUUCCCCAUUUCGCAGAAAAAGAGUUUGCGUUUGGUUCCUAAAAUCUCAAUGUCAGCCACACCGGUUCAGACUUUUCUCGAAAAAUCCGCAGCUUCCACUCCGAACACUGCACUUCCGAUAAUGGUUAAUUCAUGUACUGGAAGAAUGGGAAAAGCUGUUAUUAGUGCAGCAGAAGCUGUUGGACUGAAUGUUUUGCCGGUUUCAUUUGGGGUUGAAGAGGAAUCAGGAAAGACUUUUGAGGUCGGUGGAAGGGAGUUUCUUGUGAAUGGUCCUUCUGAUAGAGAGGGUUUUCUUGAAUCUGUUCUCGAUAGAUAUCCGAAUUUGAUUGUUGUGGACUACACUGUACCAAAUGCAGUCAAUGGCAAUGCAGAGUUAUACAGUAAGGUCGGAGUACCCUUUGUGAUGGGAACCACUGGUGGAGAUAGGGAUUUGUUGCAUAAGACAGUUGAAGAUGCAAAGAAUUAUGCUGUCAUAUCCCCGCAAAUGGGAAAGCAGGUUGUUGCUUUUCUUGCAGCUAUGGAAAUUAUGGCAGAGCAAUUUCCCGAAGCCUUUUCUGGGUAUUCCUUACAGGUAUUAGAGUCUCAUCAAGCAAACAAAGUUGACGCAUCUGGAACUGCCAAGGCUGUGAUAUCUUGCUUCAAUAAAUUGGGGGUCUCCUUCGAUAUGGAUCAGAUACAAUUGAUCAGGGACCCUAAGCUACAAGUUGAAAUGGUGGGAGUUCCAGAGGAGUAUUUGUCGGGUCAUGCCUUUCAUAUGUAUCAUUUGGCAUCACCAGACGAAACAGUUUCGUUUGAAUUUCAACAUAAUGUUUGUGGUAGAUCAAUAUACGCCGAGGGCACAGUUGAUGCUGUACUAUUUCUUGCUAAGAAGAUUGAAGCAAAGGAUCCUAAGAGAAUAUACAAUAUGAUUGAUGUCUUGCGAGCGGGUAAUAUGCGAUAA